AUGACUACGCUACUGCCCCUCUCAUCGGAAUUAGACUUUAAAAUAGCCUCUACGACAACAUCACUCAAUGACUAUGCUGAUCUGCUAGAACGAGAGUUGGAAAAGAACCCUAAUGACAUUGACAUCUGGAAUCGUUUAUUUGAUGCUAUCGACCACACAAUUGCGGACAAUGUGUCCCAGGAAGAUUCCUUCAAAAGUACGCUUUCCGAUGAAGUGCAAACGAAAAUCUAUAAUACUUACAAAACAUUAUUAUUGCGAUUUCCAUAUUUGGACGAGAUAUGGAAAAAGUGGCUGGUUGUGGAGUUCAAGUUGAAGGGACUAGACGCAUCAGUUGAUAUACUAAGGAUGGCGGUAGAGUCUUUCCCAUACUCAGUUAGCUUAUGGGUUGAUUACUUGACUGCUCUAAAAUCUAUACCAGGCACCAACCCUGAACAAUUUAGAUCAAUUUAUCGCGAGGCAUUGAGAUACAACGAAUUCCAUUUUUCGUCUCAUCCAAUUUGGGAUAAAGCCAUUGAAUUUGAAACGGAAUCUGAACCAAACUCAAAGCGGUUGUUGUCUUUGUAUUUGAAAGUGAUUAAAAUCCCCUUAUACCAGUAUGCACAAUACUAUAGUCAAUUCACCGAAAUCAAUAAAAAUUUUGAUAUACACGAAUUAAUGGGCAAAGAGAUAUUGAUCGGUUAUGUUGAGAAAUUUGGAAAGUCAAAGGUUGAAGAUUUGUCGUUGAUCGAAAAGCAUCAAAUUAUAGAUGAUUUCUUUGCAACUGUAUUUGCUUCAACGCAGGCAAAAGUCAGCUCGAAUUGGGAGUACGAGCAACAACUAUUACAUCAGGAAUUUUCUUUUGACCGCAAGGAAAUCGAGGAGGAGCGAAAUGUCUGGCUUGAGUAUACCAAUAGGGAAAUUGCCAGCUACGACGCAUGCAAGGACAAAAACCAAUAUGAUCUCAUAUGCAACUUAUUUGAAAGAGCAUUAAUACCGAAUUGUUUCGACGAGGAGCUUUGGUUAAAGUAUAUCAAAUUUAUUGAAGAAUCCAGCUUGGCGGAGGAGGAGAAGAGGGAGAUAGAGAAGGAAAUAUACCUACGAGCCAAUGGCAAGUUUAUCCCAUUAAAUCAGUGCAUGAUGAGAAAGUUGUACGCAUACUUUUUGUUGAAAAAAGGCGAAAUUGACCUGGCCAUUGAAUAUUUAUUCGAUUGGAUGAAGCUGCUAAGUGGCACAUCUAAGCAAUACUUCAAAUCACCGUAUUUGGAGAUGACGCGGGAGAUACUACAGAUUUGGAAAAAGCUAUUGAGCCAAGGAAAGUUUCAGGAGGCUUUGGAAUUUGUAAUUGAAAAUUAUUUUGGCAAACCUCAAGAAAAAAGGGUGAAAUCUGAAGCGAACAAAGAAUCUAGGGAUAGAAAACUAUAUCAAUUAUCGGAUACGUUGUUACAUCUGUUUGCUCGAUUCCUUAACGACGAUUCAAUUCCCAUAGUUAUCGAGUAUUGUUUCGAUAUAUAUGUUCGUCAACGGGAAUCUACCAAAAUUCGAAACUUCUUCAACAAGCAUCACAAAGAAACCAGUUUACUUAGAUCACUAUCAUUUUGGAAGUUUAUGUUUGAAUAUGAAGGUGUAAUUGAAAACAAUUUGUCAAAUUUGAAACUGAUUGAGUAUUUGAUUAGAAUUGAAUCCCAGUUGCCAAAAUCGGCAAUAGAUAUGUUUGUUGACUGGUAUUACGACAUUGCAUCUGCUAACAUUUCAGAGCUUCUUGUGAUUAACAAGGGCCGCUCUGACGAUUCUAUGAUUUUGAAAGAAUUGCAAUUGUCCAACUCGGUAUUUUAUAAUGCAUCAACGAGAAAACGUAUGGCUAGAAGUAACUACAGAGUUCUUGAUAGCCCAAGGUACGAAGAAGAUCCUGAACAAAGAUAUCUAGAUUUAUGUUCGAAACAGGCUGGACAUCCAGCAGUGUUUGUUGACGCUAACCCAGAGAUUACAAACUCAUUUUUGAAUGGGGGUAAACAAAUCGACCUUACCAAAAAUACAACACCCGUUCCGCCAUUGCCUACAUUCAAGGGAGUGGAAAAAGUUCAAGCUUUAGCUAAAAGGAAAAGUCACAAACCACGCACAUCAAGGAGCUGA